AUGAAAGUGGGUUGUACAUUAUCAGAGUGUGUGGCCAACAGAAACAGAGGAGCUCUUGAGAGAAAGAGAGUCAAAGGGGGAAAAUUGGGCUCCAAAACACUUCUGGUGUCUUACAGCGAAGAAGAGGGUUGGGACUGUUCACCAAUUCAAAAGGAAAAGGAAUCAUCCAAGUUGUUUCCAUUCAAAGGAAUAUAUUUGGAACAUUAA